GAUAAGCAAUACUAAACGCAUAGCUUAAGCGUAUAUUAUGACAUUUAGCCAUUUGCAAAUAAAAAUGCAAUACAGGAGGCAUUGACUGCUAACUAAAAAGACAGCGUGUGUGUUUUAGACACACCCCAAACGACAACAAUUGGCAACAGUGGCAAUCGCGGGAGCGAGCGUCACACGAGCAAAAGUCAGCAACGCCGGCAAACGUAGAGGCACAGAAAAUUAAAAUGACUACGGCACGGGAUCUCAUUAAAAUCGACAUAGAAUGGGGCAUGGAGCGCUUGGUGCGAGCCCAACAAGUCGUUGAGUUGCGGCCAUAUGACAUUGAAUCCUGGUCGGUGAUGUUGCGCGAGGCCCAAACGCGGCCAAUACACGAGGUGCGGAGUCUGUACGAGUCGCUGGUUAAUGUCUUUCCCACCACAGCACGCUACUGGAAGUUGUACAUAGAAAUGGAAAUGCGGAGUCGGUAUUUCGAACGUGUGGAGAAACUAUUUCAGCGCUGCCUGGUUAAAAUUCUAAAUAUUGAUUUGUGGAAAUUAUACUUGACCUAUGUGAAGGAGACUAAAGCCGGUCUCAGCACACAUAAAGAAAAGAUGGCACAGGCUUAUGAUUUCGCGUUGGAGAAGAUCGGCAUGGAUUUGCACUCGUUCAGCAUUUGGCAGGAUUAUAUAUACUUUUUGCGUGGAGUCGAGGCAGUGGGUAGUUAUGCGGAGAAUCAAAAGAUUACCGCCGUGAGACGUGUUUACCAAAAGGCUGUAGUCACGCCCAUUGUCGGCAUUGAGCAGCUGUGGAAAGAUUACAUAGCCUUUGAGCACAACAUCAAUCCCAUAAUAUCGGAGAAAAUGAUUUUGGAGCGUUCCAAAGACUACAUGAACGCACGCCGUGUGGCUAAAGAGUUGGAGUAUCAUACAAAAGGCCUUAAUCGCAAUUUACCGGCAGUGCCGCCCACACUGUCCAAAGAGGAAAUGAAACAAGUGGAGCUGUGGAAACGUUUUAUAACCUAUGAGAAAUCGAAUCCUCUACGCACUGAGGAUACUGCUCUGGUCACACGCCGAGUCAUGUUUGCAACAGAACAGUGCUUGUUGGUGCUUACACAUCAUCCAGCCGUUUGGCAUCAGGCCUCGCAAUUCCUGGACACCAGCGCACGGGUCCUGACCGAAAAGGGCGACGUACAGGCAGCCAAAAUCUUUGCGGAUGAAUGUGGCAACAUACUCGAGCGCUCAAUUAAUGGUGUACUUAAUCGCAAUGCAUUGCUCUACUUUGCAUAUGCUGAUUUCGAGGAGGGACGUCUCAAAUACGAGAAAGUCCAUGCCAUGUAUAACAAGCUGCUUCUCCUGCCGGACAUUGAUCCCACGCUGGUCUAUGUACAGUACAUGAAGUUUGCACGGCGCGCCGAGGGCAUUAAAUCGGCGAGAGCCAUCUUCAAGAAGGCACGUGAAGAUGUGCGGUCGCGCUAUCAUAUCUUUGUAGCAGCCGCCCUUAUGGAGUAUUACUGCUCGAAGGAUAAGGAGAUAGCCUUUCGGAUAUUCGAGCUGGGAUUAAAGCGUUUCGGUGGCAGUCCCGAAUACGUAAUGUGUUAUAUAGACUAUUUAUCACAUCUCAACGAGGAUAACAACACGCGUGUGCUGUUUGAGCGCGUGCUCAGCUCUGGAGGACUCUCCCCACACAAGAGCGUUGAGGUGUGGAAUCGGUUUCUGGAAUUCGAGUCAAACAUUGGGGAUUUGUCCAGUAUUGUGAAAGUGGAGCGACGGCGGAGCGCAGUUUUCGAAAACCUGAAAGAGUACGAGGGCAAGGAGACGGCACAGUUGGUGGAUCGCUAUAAAUUUUUGGACUUGUAUCCCUGCACCACCACAGAGCUAAAGUCUAUUGGCUAUGCGGAAAAUGUGGGCAUUAUUGUGAACAAGGGGGUCGGUGGUGCCAGUGGUGGUGGCGUACAGAGCAGUAAUUCCACGGGGCGUGGCAUUGGUGGCGGCGCUGAUGAUGAUCAUGAUGGCGAGGCGGUGCCGCAGCUACCACGUCCAGACUUCUCGCAAAUGAUUCCCUACAAGCCACGGCCUUGUGCCCAUCCGGGUGCUCAUCCGUUGGCCGGCGGUGUCUUUCCACAGCCGCCAGCUCUGGCCGCCUUAUGUGCCACACUGCCGCCACCGAACUCCUUCCGUGGACCAUUUGUGUCCGUCGAGAUGCUCUUCGAUAUAUUUAUGCGCCUCAACCUGCCAGAAUCGGCCCCACAACCCAACGGUGACAACGAUCUGACGCCAAAAAUAUUCGAUCUGGCGAAGUCUGUGCAUUGGAUUAUCGACACGAGCACGUACACGGGUGUGCAGCACAGUGUUACGGCACUGCCUCCACGACGGCGUCGUCUGCUGCCUGGCGGAGAUGACAGCGACGACGAGCUCCAGACUGCUGCACCGCCCGCCCACGACAUUUAUCGCCUGCGGCAGUUAAAACGCUUUGCGAAAUCGAAUUGAAGCGGGUGGUUUUUAUUUUAUUUUUUUAUUGAAACCUCAAAACAGAAUAUUUAUACAAAAAACCCACAACAAGUUUCUUCUUCUUUCUCCAAAUAAAAAAGAACCAUA